CGAGGCAUUCAAAAUCUCAAUGCUUUAUUGUAAUAGGUAAUUAUUACAGGGACAUGGCUCUGUUUCAGGGGUUUAACGUCAAAAUCCCUCCUUACCACCAGGGUUCGCUCUGUCCUCAGAGAAGAUAUUGCGGGUUGUUUAUUUUGUACGUGGAAGAAAACCCACUCUGCUCUGGUGGUAACUCGGGUAAUUUACCACGAAACAAUCCAACUACCCUGCAUCGACUAAAGGUGUCUACUGAGCUGCUGGUGAUCCACGGCGGAUCUGUAGUCAUGGCUGGAAAUGGAAACUGGGUCGGCUCUGGCAGCAUGGACCAGAUAACAGUGGUGAGAAUAGGUGACACUCACAUUGCGGGAGAAGAGUUGCACGUUGAGGGGAAGGUGAAAGGCGGGGUGCCAGAGUACCAGAACAUGGAAUACUCGAUGCCUACUGAGGACGAGGGAGUGGCUGUGGAGGAGGAAGAGGAAGACAGUGUCUACGUCAUUGAAUAUUCGAAUCCUGAGGAGGAGGGAGAGAGCUACCAGUUUACGAUGUCUGUAGACCGGUCGCUUCCGACCAAAAGGCAGAUCGUGAAAGAUCCACUAGUCAGAGAAGACUCCAGAGCUCGUGUACCAUCCAGACCGAAGAGACUAAGCCAAAGUAUGAAGCUGCUAGCAGAGGAGGGGGUCAAACAGGAGCAGGUGGUGAGCAAUAAGAGUGUGUUGGAGCUCGGAGAGGACUACCGUAACGUCAUGGAAAUAAACUCAGGCUCAGGUAAGCGACAGCUAGUGUGCUCGUUGUGUCCCCCCGGCAGGUUCUUUAAGAGACCGUCGGGGUUAGCAGUGCACCUAAGACACCUGCACCAGCUGGAUGGGAAGAAAACGUAUUACUGCACGUCAUGCAAGCAGACGCUCCGGAGUCAGAUCAAAAUGGACGCUCACACCAGGCGUCACGCCAACCAGAAUGCCGUGUUCACCUGCUUCCUUUGCUUGGGUGAGACCGAAAACAAGUCAGGGAACACAGGAUACCAAGGGUCUAAGUGGGGCCUGAGGAAGCACAUGGAGAAGGAGCACCCAGGGAUCAUCCCUCCCUGUCACAUCUGUCAUAAAAACUUCAAGACGGUCCCGUCCUACCUUGCCGACCAGUUUAGGCAUGUGGGAGUGUCACCGUAUUACUGUGCAAAGUGUCAGAUCUAUGAAAUGACUGAGAGGGGUCUGAGUGUACACAUCAAAAACCACAACAAGAAGCAGGAGAACAAGCAUGCGAUGGGCAAUAACCAGCUGCUGACGCCACCGGUCUUCAUCAACGCCGAUAACUCGGCCACAGAUGACUCCGACUUCUGACCCUACACCUUCCAGACCUCCUCUGUGUCAGGCUUAUGUCUGACAUUUAUGCACCUGAACUGAACUUUAGACAACAACACAAACAUUUGUGUGCGACUGAGAAAACAUUUUUAUUUUGAUCAUCUCCUUUAUUUUAAAAACUGCCUAAAUAUGUAAGUUGUAAUGAGUUCCAUGGGUCUGCUGCUCACAGUGUCCAUCAGGGAGUCUGUUUACAUGGACUUGAGUAUUCUGUGAGCUUUCAUUGCUGAUGAUCUGAAUUGGUUUUAUUUAGUUUCAAAAGGUCCUAAUUUGAUUAAUUAGAGAUACACCUUUAUCGUUUCUGGCUUCAAGUAACCUGGAAAAGAUGUUAACAUUGCUCACCAUUCGAACGCUUCUCUGAGCGCUUUGAGGUCAAGAGUGUCUACAUAAAAGUAGAAAUUCCAACAAACCCUAUCAUGACCAGGAUAUUGACCUCUAUGUAAAUGCACUCUUUAUUCUGUGGUGCCUCAGAAGCAGACUGGUUAGUGUUAUCGGGUUACUCAUACAAAUUCACGGCAACAUCAUAAGUCACUGCCUUAAAAGCAGUAAACCACUUUAUAUCAUCCAAAGAAAAUGAAUGUCAUGAAGAGAAAGCAGAAAGGGUUUAAUUUCUUAUAUGUUUUGGCUGUAAAACGUGUAUUGGAUUUGGAAUGUGCAGAAUUUUCAAACAUCUAAUAGAGGUUUAGGAUGUGAGACGAUAGUGCUGAGUGAGUGGCUGCUAAAAAAAAAAAUGAUUGAGCUGUGUGGUAAUUCAGACAUUAGAGACAUCAUUCCCUUGUGAAACUACAGCUGGUUUAAUGCAAUUCUGAUUUGACUUUCUAGCCACUCUAACUCUCAGUCUCUUGUCAUAUUCUUCCUCAGUAGCUGUUCAGCUGCCACGAAACCAGGAUUUUGAGAACUUUGUCAUCAUCUUCAUUGCAGAAGCUCAGACACACCUGUCAUUUCUGAAGACGGACUCUCGCUCUCUGUCUCUGGGGCUGGGUAUGUUUUUAGAUUUUGUGCAGCUCUUCUCUGUCAUCAUACAUGCUCUCAGAUUUAGAGCUGUAGAGAUGUUCUGCCUGGUCCCAAACCGAAGUCAUGACAGAGCAACAAGAGGAUUCAGGAUAUGACAUGUAUGUUCUUUGAUAGAUCUAAAUGUUCAAAAUAAGAUCUCAAAAUAAUCUGCACAUUACAAGCUGAAUAUCUGCUGAGGAAGAUGAUGUGAUCAAAGCUCCAGAAGAGCUUUACUUUAGCUUCUGUUCAUAUGAUGUGCAAACUGAUCAUUUUUAAACAUUUUUAAACUAUUUAGGUUAACGCCAGUAGAUAAUUAACAGAUGAAUUUCCAACACUUUGUUACUUGUUAUAACAUCUUUAAUGUUGCUGUCAUUUGAAAGCUUUUUGACAUAAAAAUCAGAUUUCAAUGUUCAUUUUGUGCAACAGAAAAAGCAUUUUUUAUUGUUCUUUUUAAAUCAUCCCAAAGCCCCUUCACAUUGAUUUUAGGAUCGUUUGGAUGUCAAUUCAGAUUGGGAACUACAGGAGUACUGUUUGUGUGUCCUCUUUUUCUGUGAACCAGGAAAUCGGCUUAAACACUAAUUAACAAGUGAAACGUUGUUUGUGGAUUUAAACAAAACAGUAGUGAUGUCAUUGCAGUGAUAUUUGUUUAUGAGCUGAAGCAGGUUUUAUUUUUUAAAUACCAUGUUUAACUUUUAAAUGCAGAACAGUAAAUCCUGACUAUUCUUUUACUUUUACUUUUAGAAGAUAAAACAUCAAUGCCUGCUAAAAUCUACCAAAAUAUUAAUUUUGGUUUGUAAAUACAGACAAGCUGCAGUGCUGUUUCUGGAGCAUUUGUUUGUUGUUUGUCUUUUUGUUUAGUUAAAUACGGUGUUGGGUGUAGUUUACUUUUUUAUUCGUUGUAGUUAUUUGAUUUGAUUUUCUAUUAAACAUUUUUUAAACAA